AUGUCUGAAAAUUAAUAAAAAUUAAACAAUAUUUAAUUUUUAUAAAAAUUAAGUAAUGAAUCUGAAAACUAAGAAACAAGUAAAAUCAUAGAAAGCUGUGGAAUAUUUUUAAAAACAAUAAAAAAAUUCAAAAGAAAAUUAGAUAACAACUUAAAAUUUAAUGAAAGAGAUAUUGACGCAUUUAGAAGAAGAUAUGAAAAUACAACAAAAUAGCUAAUUCCUUUAAUUCAUGAUAUUAAGAUUAAUGUAAUAGAGAGAAUGAUAAAAUUCGAUAUCAAAUAACUAAAAAAUUAAAACUUCUAAAUGCAUUUAUAUACAAACAAAGAAUUGUGUGAGCUUAGUUUCAAAAUUUUUGAUUAUGAUGCUACUUAUUUAGAUUAUUUAUCCUAAGAUUAGAUGAAAAAAUUAAUUAAAACACUUUGUUUAAAUUACAAUGUUGUUCCAUACCAUAACUGGACACAUGCAUUUUCAGUAUUCUAGAUGUUUUUUUGUUGUUAUUAAAAUUCAGAUAUAAAUUAUUUUUUUUAAUAAAAAAUUGUAUAUAUUGCUGGAUAUUUAUAAAGUAUUUUUAAUUUGUUAAAUAAAGAGGGCUUAAAUAAUUUAUAUAAAAUUAAAAGAAAAUCGAAUAUUUGUAUAAAUUAUGCAGAAUAAGGAGUUUUGGAAAAUAUGCAUUGUUCAUAAUUAUUUAAUAUAAUAUUAAAUGAUUAAGAGAUAAAUUUUUUUUAGAAAUUUUCAGAUUAAGUAAAAAUUAAAUUAAAGAGAUAAUAUUAUUUAUAAAAAAAGUAUAAAAUUUAACAAUUUAAAAGAAUUGUAAUUACAAGUAUACUUGCUACUGAUAUAGCAAAACAUUAAAAAUUACAUACAAAAUUUAAAAAGAGAUCUACAUCAACUUUAAAAUUAUAAAAAAUUAAAUCUGAAUAAGAAAAAAAUGCAGCAAGUGAUUUAGAUAAAUAUUUAAAAUUUAAUAAUGAUAAUUUUGAAGAUAGAAGAUUUAUAUUAAAUAUAAUUACUCACGCCUGUGAUAUUGGAAAUCCUUGUUUAUAAUUUAAUAAUUAUUUAAAUUGGUCAUAUUUGAUUACUUAAGAAUUUAUGGAUUAAGCUGAUAAAGAAAAAUAAAAUAAUUUACCUGUAACAACUUUUCUAAUUUAUAAAGAUAAGCUCACAUUUUUAAAUGGAUAAUUGUUUUUUGUUAGUAAAAAUAUUUUUUUUAAUAAAUAAAAUAUAUAUUUUAAUGUAUAAAAAAAAGAAUCUAUAGUUUUGCCUUUAUGGGAAGAUAUAGCAGAACUAUUUAAAGAAUUAAAAGAGUACCCUGAAUAAAUUAAAAAUAACUUAAUUGAAAUAGAAUUAUAAAGAGAUAAAAUUUAAUAAUAAAAAUUGAAUGCCUGA